AUGCCCAUCAACUUUCCCGACGGCGUCCUCUGCCGCGAGCCGGGCUCUCGCCGCCGGGCGCCGCUCCAGCCGCCGGCGACGUGGGACGGCCGCGGGUACGAGACUGCGCGUGACACCGACCUGCUCGCGGCGUGGCGGACGCUGCGAGAGCACCCGGCGGCCGUGGCGAGUCGCAUAACCCGCGCGACGCGUGUGCGCGGCGUCGCGCGCUACUCGGACCGCGGCGCCGCCAGGCCGCACCUGACCGCGAGCGCGUUUGCCGCGUCCGAGCACUGCACGCUGCGGGUCGGGGAGCACUAUCCGGCGGAGCUCAACCCGAGCGGUGCCUCCGCGCGGUCGGCCAAGCGCGCGCGCGCCGCGGCCGGGCCGGGGCUCAGGCUGCUCCGCGGCGCGUCGUGGGCAGCGGCAACCGAGCUCGAGGCGCUGGAGGCGGCCGCGCAGGCAGGUGCGGAGGGGGAGGGUUCUGCGAGCGAGGUGGAGGAGGGGGAGGAGGGAGCGGAGGAGGGAGCGGCCGGCCGCCGGGCGGACGGCUCGAGACGCGACCGCGACGACGGCGACGGCGAGGGCGACGGCGAGGAGGACGGGCUCGAGGAGGACGAGGACGCCAUCCUCGGCGACGAGAACGGGUUCGACGGAUUCGAGGACGGCGGAGACGACCUCGACUCGGGCGGCGAGGACGAGCCCGAGUACUGA